AUGGCGAAUCUCAGGUCAUCCGCCUUUCAGUCCUUCCUCCGGACUCGCAAUUACUUCAUCUGGCCCAAGCAAAGACGUUGGGCUCAAGUGCACGAUGUGCGCUUCCUUGCCACACAUUAUAAUCCCAACCAGGUGAUGGAUCGAUACCGCAACAAGCUGGACCAGAAAGCGAAGGCAGAAGGUCACCAGGACGUCGAUACCCUGAAAGACGCCUACAAGGACAAGAUUGAUGACCUCCGUCGCAAAGCCAGCACUCCCCUCACCCCCGAAGCUACUCCUUCUCCCUCUCCCUCUCCGUCCAACUCCCCUACGCCGCCGCCCUCUCCAGCUCAGGAACAGGCCAAGGCCGCCACCGAGGCCUCCAAAUCCGGCAUCAAGCCCCUCGGCUCCUACAUCGAUCUGGAGAAGACCCUAGCGCUCCCGGCCAAGGAGAUCGAAGCCAUCUGGCGCCUCCGCCACGCCAACAACCCACACUCCAUCUGCGCCUGCAUCCCCGUCGAAACCUACCAGCGGAUCGCAGAAGCCGCGCGCCAGAACCCACAGUUCGUGCUGCCCCUGCCGCGCAAGCAGAGCGAGUCCCAGUCGCAAGAGAUCCGCGACGAGGCCAACAGCUCCGGCAACGACGGCGCCGGCGCCGACAUCCAUUUCUUGCAAUGGGGAUUCCACCCGCCCGCGACGGCCGCCUCGUCGCCCGUCCCUGCCGGCCCCCUCGCCAGCUCGCAUACCUCCACCAUCAUCUUCACCCAUCUCGCCGCCUUCCAGACGCACGGCUCCUACGCCCAGCCCCAUACCACCAUCACGCACCACCUCGACCUGGCGGAUGAAAAGGGCAUCGUGCUCAUGCUGGGCCAGGUCAUGCCCGACUCCGGCAUCUCCACCACCGAGGCAACCUUCUUGGCCAGCUGCGUGCAGCGGUUCUAUGACUUCGGGGGCCAGGCUCAUGGCCGGAAGGGCGAGCUGCUGCGCAUGUUCACUAAGGGCGAUGCGCAGAACUUCAAGAUCGAGCAUCUGCUAGAAGAGGCGGAGAAGCUCUAA